AGGUACCUGAGGUACCAAGAAAGGUCUGUUCGUACAAAAUUCCAGCAACUCCUUUGGUCCAACCGAAGAAUUUCAGCUUUACGAGAUUGAUUCGUGCAUUUACUUAGCUGCGAUUUAUCUCAGCCAUGGCUUCAAGCAACAAAUCCGAUUAUUCAAGCAAUGAGGACGACAAUCCCGAUUUUGCUGCAAAAGCCCAGGGGCGCCUUUUACAGUUGAAGAAGGGGCGAGAUGAGCGUAUGAAUGCUAUUGUUCAAGAGUCAGCUACAGGGAUGGACAAGCUACGCACCAGCAUCGCCAGGUUCCAACAAGAUCGACGAACAAAAGAAGUCCGCGCCGUUGCCAUUUCUGUGAGCAGGAUUAUUGAAGCAGUAGAGCGCAGGAAAGGCAUUGAGCAGCAGAUGGAAACACUCGUUUCUCGGCUAAUCAACAAGACCCAGGAGGUUGAGAGCAUGAUGAAAACAGGCCUUCGAGGCAGGGAAGACGAUGUGAAGAAGACUAAAUGACUGGAACUCACGGCCAUGUUUUCUUGUUGGGACAUUUCAUUCUUGGGGGUUUGAGGCAGGCCAGUGGAAACGAACCUGCGCAUGAGCCUAUGACGGACACUCACAAUCAACGAACUCUCAAGCCUUUAUGAGUUCUUCUCGCUACUCACAUUGACCCGGCGGCCAUCAAGGACAAGUCUUCAGGAAUGCGCAUCACUUACAAAUUAAGAGGACAUAUCACGCCACUGCUGACCAUCAAUGUUUACGAUAUUCUCUGGAGGGGAACAUGCAUGGAUUGCCCUUUAU